AUGAUGUGGUCAUUAUUUUUGAUUUUAUUAUAUUCGUGGUUAUUCCGGUGUGUUAAUCCAGAAGUGCCACAAGUUAUUGAUUAUUUAAAUGGUUUCCAUCUUGAUUGCUAUGAAUGCCAUUCAAAUCGCCCCGGUUGUGGAAAAAAAUUAAAUUGGCUAUUAAUGAGAUGGAAAAGGUGUGAUAUGCCUGGUGGUGCUAAAUGUGUGAAAAUUAUUGAAAGAACACCGGAUGGUGAAACAAACUAUAUUCGUGGUUGUUUGAGAGAAAUUGAAGCUACUCGUCCAGAAAUGCCUACUGUUCGUGAGAAUGGUUGUUGGACAGCCACUGAUAAUUAUGUUGGUCUUGGCUAUAAUAUAUAUAUACCCACAACUGAGACAAUUUACUGUUUUUGUAACGAAAGAGACGGUUGUUUAAUUGUAAUAAAAUUCUCAUUGUUAUUGCUUUAG